CAGAUACGUGCCUAUUCUACGCCAAGACAGCAAUGAACACUGCGUAGUCCACACCAAUAAUAUAAGUAUCGUCGCCGCUUUUCCCGUUCCAAUCUUCUUUCGAGCUUGAAUGAAUUUAAUCAGAUUGUGCUAAAGAAUCUCGGAAUUGCAGACAUUGGCGCCAUUUGGCCAAUCACCUCAGCAUGAGAUAAUGCUCAGGCAAAAAACGGUGGGACAGGAUGUCAGAUGACGGUUGCGAAGGCUUCAGGAGAUCUCAUAACCGUAUUCAUCCUCUUCAUCGUGCUGGUAAUCAUCAUCUUCUUCUUCGUCCUCAUAUUCGAAUUCCUCGUCAGAUAUGCUAUCAUCCUCAAGUUCAGAAUCCGACCCAUUAGCCUCUCCAGCGAAAUCAUCCUCAUCUGCAGAUCCUACCUCGCCAGCGUCUUCGUCGAGCUCAUUUCUGCUAUCAUCAACCUCCACCACGAGACUGCUGUCUGUCUCACAGAAAUAUAAUUCGACAGCAUCUCCAUCGUCGCCAAUGGCCUCGUUAAAGUUGUCUCCGUCAUCAUCACUCACACAGAAUUCGUCCUCAUUAGCGCCAAUAUCCGGGCCUGAAGCUUCACUGCUGUCAUUAUGUGCCUCGUAGAUAUCGCUUUCAUCCUCGCAAUUCUCAUCCUCAACCUCUCUCGCUUUUACCAUUGCAUCCGCGAUAGCCUUUGCCUCGUCUAGGUCCUCAUUCCUAUAAAACUUCAGUCCAUAUGAAGCCAUAAAAUCAUCCGAGUUUCCAAAGGGCUUCUCAAUCUCUUCGAGCUCAUCUGAAGAGAAGUUAUAGUCUGCGUGAUGGCCCUCGAGGUCAAGUUCGUCGCUUGCUUCGCUUUCAUCAUCUUCGUCAACAUCUUCGGAGUACGCAGCGGAUUCGUCUUCGAGAUCAUGUUCGAUCUUCUCUUCGGUCUCGUCUUCGAUAUCGUCAUGGCUCAUCAAGACGCGGAGGAUUAACCGUCCCUCUGCGCGGUCUUUGUCGUCGUGAAUAUUCAGGCCAUGCUGGAGGAGGAAAUGGUAUUCAGAUCGCCAGUGCUCUUUCAGAUCGCAGUAUUUUCUUUUCCUGGGAGGUGCGCAGCGGCACGUCAUGGCCUAGGAAGGUGUUUUCCAUCGAUAGCCUAGCCACAC